AUGUCCACACUGGGCGACCCCAUGCGGACGGCAUUGUCUCGCAGCCGCAUCGUGGACCACUACAACCGCGUGGCGCGCGACACGAGCAAGCGCGUGGUGGGCGUGCUGCUGGGCUCGACCUUCCACGGCAAGUGCGACAUCACCAACUCGUUCGCCGUGCCCUUCGACGAGGACCUGCGCAACCCGGGCAUCUGGUACCUGGACCACGACUUCCUGGAGAACAUGUACCAGAUGUUCAAGAAGAUCAACGCCAAGGAGCGCAUCGUGGGCUUCUACAGCUCGGGCCCCAAGAUCCGCAAGGCCGACCUCGACAUCGACGACCUGUUCCGCCGCUACUGCCCCAACCCGGUGCUGGUCAUCUGCGACGUGCGCCCCAACGUCGAGGGCCUCCCCACCACGGCCUACGGCUCCGUGGAGGAGGUGGAGGAGGACGGCAAGGCCAUCAAGCGCGUCUUCAAGCACAUCAAGUCCACCGUGGGCGCCUACGAGGCCGAGGAGGUCGGCGUCGAGCACCUGCUGCGCGACAUCAACGACCCGUCCGUGAGCUCGCUGGCCGGCCAGGUCAAGCACAAGAUGACGGCGCUCAACGGGCUCAAGGAGCGGCUAGAGGAGAUGAAGACGUACCUGGAGAACGUGGUGGCCGGCCGCCUGCCGCCCAACCACCAGAUCAUCUACAACAUGCAGACCAUCUUCAACCUGCUGCCCAACCUGAACGUGGACGAGCUCGUGCGCUCCAUGUUCAUGAAGACGAACGACAUGCACUUCGUGAUCUACUUGUCUUCGCUCAUCCGCUGCACGAUCGCGCUGCACAACCUCGUGAACAACAAGAUUAAGUACAAAGAGUCGGAGGAGGUAGGCUUCACGACGGAGAAGAAGGAGGAGAAGAAGGACGCGGCUGCCGACAAGGCCGCCAAGGACAAGACGAGCGAAAAGGCCCCGCGAAGGCAAAGGAAAUAG